CGUGCGUGAAAAAUUGUAUGAAAUCUGUCUUGUGUGGCACAUUUCCAUAAUUCAAGAGAUGGAAGUAUAGCAGCAGAAAGUUUAAGGAAAUAAAGUGUAUGGAAUCUGUUUCACUUAGGAAAUGUUAAUGAGUUUUAUUACAUGUUUUAUAUUAUUAAGCUGAGAAGGUGUAGAAAUGUCACGUUCAAAACCUGAAAAGAUUGGAAAUGCCGGUAAAUGCGAAUUAAGUGUAUGGACACGUGCGAUAACAGCAAACUCCGAAUGGCCGGAUAAAGAAGAAUUUCUUGAUGUUAUAUAUUGGGCUAGACAAGCAAUUGGUAUUAUAGUUGGUAUAGGAUGGGGUCUUAUACCUUUAAAAGGUUUCAUAGCUCUACUAUUAUUUGUAUUAGUUAAUGCAGGUGUCACAUACCUGUAUUUUAGUAAUUUUCAACAAAUUGAUGAGGAAGAAUUUGGUGGUAUAUGGGAAUUAACUAAAGAAGGUUUUAUGACAUCAUUUGCUGGUUUUUUGGUGACCUGGAUCAUUAUAUAUUCAGGACUACAUUUUGAUUGAGCAUUUUUAUAACUGUACCAAUGAUGAUUUGAAUGAUGAAGAUGUUAAUACAUAUAAUUCAACAAUCAAGUGCUCCAUGCAUAUGUGCAAUUUGUCUCAUAAACAUUUUUGUGAAGAGCAAUUACUUAUCAUAUAGACUAUAUGCGCUUUGAAUUUGUAGCGCAAUAAAUAUACAAAAGAAUUUCUCGGAUAACUUGUUAUAUGGAAUUAAACAUUAUCACAAAAAAGUUUCUUAUUUCUUCAUCAAAAAGUUUCUUUUUUUAUAUAGAAAAUUAUGUGUUAUAUUUUAAAGGUCAAUUAUUUGCUAUUAAAGAAAAUGUUUUUAAAUAUUAGUUAUAAAAUAUUUUUAUUUCAAACUUAGUUUCUUUGUUGCAUAUCAUUGACACUAGUACUGUAAACUAUGUUACGAAAAUAUGUUACAUAUGCCAAAUCAGAUUAUAUACCUGUGCAGAUAAUUAAUAUAAAUAAACAUUUUAAAUAACCA